GUGAUUGUGUUAAGUGAAUAGUGUGUUAUUAAGUUUAAAAUGGCGGACGUUUUAAAUGAAAUACCUUCUAAAUCGGAAAGUACAUUCGGCAUACGGCACGUGAUAACAUUCCUCCUGUUCCUGGCUAUCACGGUGUCUUACGCGACCCGGGUCAGCAUGAGCGUCGCAAUCGUCGCGAUGACAAGCCCGAAUGAUUACGGAUAUCCGGUUUUCGAUUGGGAGAAAAGCAUACAGGACACGAUCCUCUCAUCCUUCUUCUGGGGUUACGUGGUGCUGCAGAUCCCUGCUGGUAUGCUGGCGGGUCGAUUUGGUGGCAACUUCCUGAUCCUCGGUGGUAUGGUGUGCACAGGAAUUGUGAAUUUGCUGGUACCUAUCGCUGCAGUGCAUGGUAACUGGAUGGCAGUAUGUGCAUGUCGGAUAGUAAUGGGACUGACUCAAGGUCUACUAUAUCCUUGUGUACAUGGUUUCCUGGGACACUGGGCUCCUGAAGCUGAAAGGAGUCGACUGGGGACAUUUGUUUAUGCUGGCGCACAAUUAGGAACAAUAAUUGAAAUGAUGACUUCAAGUCUUCUCUCGGCCAGUCGGUGGGGCUGGCCCUCGGUGUUCUACGUCGCUGGCAUCUGCUGUAUAAUCUGGUCAGCAGCGUGGCUAGUGCUGGGAGCGUCCACACCUGGUACCAGCAGGUGGAUAUCGAAGGAAGAGAGAAAGUAUAUUGAGACGAAUGCUGCUUCGAGUGAUAUUGAAUCGAAUAAGAAAUUAUCUACUCCAUGGACGAGAAUCUUGUCAUCUUUACCGUUCUGGGCCAUUCUGAUCGCUCACUGCGGCCAGAGUUUAGGCUUUUGGACUCUCCUCACAGAACUGCCGUCGUAUAUGAGUAACGUCCUAAAAGUUAAUAUCAAAGAUAAUGGACUAUUGUCAGCGCUGCCAUAUUUAGCCAUGUACCUUCUAAGUUUUGUAUUCAGUUGGCUCGCUGAUUUUCUUGUCAACAGAAAUCUUAUAAGAAAAGUUACUUCAAGGAAGAUAUUCAACACAAUUGCGUUCUGGGGUCCAGCGGUAGCGUUAUUAAUACUAUCGUACCUACCACCUGGACAUCUGGCGCUGGCUGUGGUCAUUCUAACAUUCACCGUGGGUCUGAAUGGAGCACAUUAUGUUGGAUUCAUGCUAUCCCAUUUGGAUUUAUCACCUAACUUCGCCAGUACCCUGAUGGGUAUAACGAAUGCUGUGGCUGGUAUAUUCUCAAUCAUGGCUCCUCUGAGCGUAUCAGUCGUAGUACAAGAUCAGACAGAAGCCUCGGAAUGGCGGAAGGUCUUCUUCAUUUCAAUAGCGAUGUACUUCCUCGGUAACCUAUUCUACAUACUGUUCAUUGCUGGUGAGACGCAGGAAUGGAAUGAGCCAGUGCAGGACAAUGAUGAAGAGAUUGCAAAGAAGAACGAGGAAGAAAAAGUUUCCAAAUUCUGAAAUAGCAUCCGUCAAGAUAAAUUAAAUUAUCUUUACUUUUGACGAAAGUAAAUAGAAAACCUUACAAAUAUUUUCAACUUGUAAUUGCAAUUUGUGAUAAAUUAAAAAAGACAUAUUAGGUAGGUAUUUAAUUGAAAACUACAAGAAUAUUUUUAAAAAUUGUUUUUCAAUUUGUAUUGUACAUCAUUACAGUAACUAUUGUCUAUAUAUAUGUACAUUAGCCUACAUAUAUAUCAUUAGCAAUUACCAGUACAUUUGUCCAUUGUCCAAUAUAUAUAAAUUUCUCCCUAUAAUAUUAGUUAUCUGCGAGUGAAAGUCCUGACAAAAUCAGUCCAGCUGUUUCAUAGAUUAGCAAGAACAAAC